UGCAGCCGGGAAGCCAGCGAGGUCGGUUCCGCCCGACUCUGACAUGGCGGCGCCCUUUGUCUGCUCUGAAGUGCCGUCCCCGGCCUUCUCGCGGCCGUGAUGCACCUCCCUCUACGGUGGGGUCCGGGACAUGGCAGGUGAUGAGCCGGAGGAGGAGAGCCAAGCUGGAGUUUACGCAAACUGUCAGAAAAGAGUAGCCUGGGCUCCUUGGAAAUCUGAGCCAUGGACUUUCCCCAGCACAGCCAGCACGUCUUGGAGCAGCUGAACCAGCAGCGGCAGCUGGGGCUUCUGUGUGACUGCACUUUUGUGGUGGACGGUGUUGACUUCAAGGCCCACAAAGCAGUGCUGGCGGCCUGCAGCGAGUACUUCAAGAUGCUCUUCGUGGACCAGAAGGAUGUGGUGCACCUGGACAUCAGUAACGCGGCAGGCCUCGGGCAGGUGCUGGAGUUUAUGUACACGGCCAAGCUGAGCCUGAGCCCUGAGAACGUGGACGAUGUGCUGGCUGUGGCCAGCUUCCUGCAGAUGCAGGACAUCGUCACAGCCUGCCACGCCCUCAAGUCCCUCGCCGAGCCCGCUGGCAGCCCCGGGGAGAAUACGGUGGCCUCAGCCACGGAAGGAGGAGACAAGAGAGCCAAAGAGGAAAAGGGCGGCUGCUGCCGUGCUGAGCGAGCUGGACCCGGCCGGAAGCCGUCCGCCCACGGGCCCAGACAGGGAGCCCAAGGAGGAGCGGGGCGGCCAGGCCGAGAGCACGGCCAGCGGUGCCGAGCAGACAGAGAAGGCCGACGCCCCCCCGGGAGCCGCCCUCCGUGGAGCCCAAGCCCGACCCCACGAGCAGCAUGGCCGCUGCGGAGGCCGAGGCCGCCUUGUCGGAGAGCUCGGAGCGAGGGUGCCCUGCCACCAGCCCGGCCGAGCGGCCGUCGCUCACGCGUCCCCCAGGGCUCCUUCCCCCGACCCCCCAGCCCCCAAGCUGAUCCCGCUCUGACUCAGGCUUUAGCGUCGGCCGAGGCCGUCUCGCCACGGUCAACUCCUGACCGCUGUCUCGGUCGUGCACCCCGGCUGGGCUUCUCUCGGCGCGGACGUGUUCCUGACGCAGCCUCGGCGUGGCCGCGGCGUCCCGGCCGUCCCCCGCACCCGCUGCGCCGCCAGCCCGGCUUCCCCGGGGGCGGAGGCCCGGGUCCCACCUCCCGGCAGCGAGCGGCCUGCUCCGCAGUGGUCCUCUGCCCUCUCCCCGGCCGGCACCGGGGCCGCUUGUCUGUGGCGGCCACGCCGAGCUGGCCCCUGCAGGGGACUCGCGCACACAGGGAGGGCUGCGGAGACGAGCCCUCGGCCUUCGCUGGCUCUGAGGCCCCUUCCGGCCCUCCCGAGCGCCUCAGUGCCCACCCUUCUCCGGCAGAAAUGGAGGUGGAGCCGGCCAGGAAAGGAGAAGAGCAGGAGGACGAAGGCGCAGCGGCCACCGAGGUCAAGGAAGAGGGGCCGCCGCUGGAGAAGGGGGGAGCCCCCCGAGGAGAGCGAGGAGUCUGCCAGCACGGACUCGGGCCAGGAGCUGGGCACCGAGGCCCGGGGCCCGCGCUCGGGCACCUACGGCGACCGCACCGAGUCCAAGGCCUAUGGCUCGGUCAUCCACAAGUGCGAGGACUGCGGGAAGGAGUUCACGCACACGGGCAACUUCAAGCGGCACAUCCGCAUCCACACGGGGCGAGAAGCCCCUUCUCGUGCCGGGAGUGCAGCAAGGCCUUCUCGGACCCGGCCGCCUGCAAGGCCCACGAGAAGACGCACAGCCCGCUGAAGCCGUACGGCUGCGAGGAGUGCGGCAAGAGCUACCGGCUCAUCAGCCUGCUGAACCUGCACAAGAAGCGGCACUCGGGCGAGGCGCGCUACCGCUGCGGGGACUGCGGCAAGCUGUUCACCACGUCGGGCAACCUGAAGCGCCACCAGCUGGUGCACAGCGGCGAGAAGCCCUACCAGUGCGACUACUGCGGCCGCUCCUUCUCCGACCCCACCUCCAAGAUGCGCCACCUGGAGACCCACGACACCGACAAGGAGCACAAGUGCCCGCACUGUGACAAGAAGUUCAACCAGGUGGGGAAUCUGAAGGCCCACCUGAAGAUCCACAUCGCGGACGGGCCCCUCAAGUGCCGAGAGUGUGGGAAGCAGUUCACCACCUCAGGGAACCUCAAGCGGCACCUUCGGAUCCACAGCGGGGAGAAGCCCUACGUGUGCAUCCACUGCCAGCGGCAGUUCGCGGACCCCGGCGCUCUGCAGCGGCACGUCCGCAUCCACACAGGCGAGAAGCCGUGCCAGUGCGUGAUGUGCGGCAAGGCCUUCACCCAGGCCAGCUCCCUCAUCGCGCACGUGCGCCAGCACACCGGCGAGAAGCCCUACGUCUGCGAGCGCUGCGGCAAGAGGUUCGUCCAGUCCAGCCAGUUGGCCAAUCACAUCCGCCACCAUGACAACAUCCGCCCUCACAAGUGCAGUGUGUGCAGCAAGGCCUUCGUGAACGUGGGGGACCUGUCCAAGCACAUCAUCAUCCACACUGGAGAGAAGCCCUACCUGUGUGACAAGUGCGGUCGUGGCUUCAACCGCGUGGACAACCUGCGCUCCCACGUGAAGACCGUGCACCAGGGCAAGGCGGGCAUCAAAAUCCUGGAGCCAGAGGAGGGCGGGGAGGUCAGCGUGGUCACCGUGGAUGACAUGGUCACGCUGGCCACCGAAGCGCUGGCGGCAACCGCUGUCACUCAGCUCACAGUGGUGCCAGUGGGGGCCGCGGUGACCGCCGACGAGACGGAAGUCCUUAAGGCCGAGAUCAGCAAAGCUGUGAAGCAAGUCCAGGAGGAAGACCCCAACACCCACAUCCUCUAUGCCUGCGACUCCUGCGGGGACAAGUUCCUGGACGCCAACAGCCUCGCCCAGCACGUGCGGAUCCACACGGCCCAGGCGCUGGUCAUGUUCCAGACGGACGCGGACUUCUACCAGCAGUACGGGCCGGGCGGCACGUGGCCGGCCGGGCAGGUGCUGCAGGCCGGGGAGCUGGUCUUCCGCCCUCGGGACGGGGCCGACGGCCAGCCUGCUCUGGCGGAGACGCCCCCCACCGGCCCUGAAUGUCCACCGCCUGCUGAGUGAGCAGGCGUCUCUCCUCUGACUGUUUAUUUAAGGAUGGACGGCACCCUAGAUCUGAGAGGGGUGGCCCCGUUCCCUAGAGAAUAAAUUGGAUUAUUUUCUAA